AUGUAUAGUGAAGAGGGAGCUAGCUGCCACAGAGGAGUGCUGUUUAGGGGGUUGUCUAAGCAGAUCAUUGACACAGUCGUACCUGUCUCUCCUGCCUCCCAGGGUGUUGUACUGGGAUGUUACUUUGGGCCUGCUGCACUGUACAUCUGGGCAGUGGGGAUCCUGGCUGCAGGACAGAGCUCUACAAUGACAGGAACCUAUUCUGGACAGUUUGUCAUGGAGGGAUUCCUGAACCUAAAAUGGUCACGCUUUGCCCGUGUGAUUCUUACCCGCUCUAUUGCCAUCAUCCCCACUCUGCUUGUUGCUGUCUUCCAAGACGUAGAGCAUCUGACGGGGAUGAAUGACUUCCUGAAUGUGCUGCAGAGUUUACAGCUUCCCUUUGCUCUCAUACCCAUCCUCACAUUUACGAGUUUGCGGCCAGUAAUGAGUGAAUUUGCCAACGGAAUAGGCUGGAGGAUUGCCGGCGGGAUCUUGGUCCUUAUCGUCUGUUCCAUCAACAUGUACUUUGUAGUGGUUUAUGUCCAAGGACUAGGGCAUGUGGCAUUGUACGUGGUGGCUGCUGUGGUCAGCAUAGCUUAUCUGAGCUUUGUGUUCUACUUGGGUUGGCAAUGUUUGAUUGCAUUGGGCAUGUCCUUCCUGGACUGUGGGCACACGGUAAGCAUCUCUAAAGUCCUGCUGACCGAAGAGGCCACCAAUGGCUCUACUAAGUAA